GUACCGAUCGUCACGUUGCGAUUUUUCUUCACUUUCCCAGUUUGCCCUCCCGCUCGCUCUCUCCCCGACCGCUUGCAGCUCUCACUCUCUCCCUGACCACUCGCUCUCUCUCCCCAACAGCUCUCGCUGUCUCCGACCCCGACCGCUCGCCCUCUCGUCGGCCAGUCGCUCGCCGGCCAGUCGCCACCCUCUCCCUCUCGUCGGUGUCUUCCUCACCGCAGUCUUGCACCUCACCACCCAUAACCCUAGCAGCCCGCCUCCCUCUCGUCGGUGAAAGGUGACAUUUUUACCAGUUGGGGUGCUCGAUUCGUGGCGGCGGUGCUCGAUCCGUGGGCGGCGGUACUCGAUCCGUGCUGGAGCAGCGGGAGGAGGAGGCCAAGGUGGAGAUCGUGGUGCGGGAGGGGGAGCUCGGCGAGACGGCGGCUGGAUCUGAAGCGCGGCUGCUCCACCUUCCUCAGGGUGGCGGGGAUCUCCGACUCGCUGUAGAGGAGAAGGGCUCGACCGCUGGCGUCAUCCGCCGCUUCCUCAGGGUUGGCGGCAGCGGGCUGCGUUCCGGCGGGAGGGCGGCACGUUCAAGGUGCUGCAGGUGGCGGACAUGCACUACGCGGACGGGCGAAGCACCGCAUGCGAGGACGUGAUGCCCGAGCAGGUCGCCGGCUGCUCCGACCUCAACAUCACCGCCUUCCUCUACCGCGUCAUCCGCGCCGAGGACCCCGACCUCGUCAUCUUCACGGUUCACUACUCGAGGCGCUGGGCUGCGGCUUCAUCGAGGCGGACGACAACCACUCCCGUGCAAAUAAAGGUGAGCAUUCAGGAAAAGAACUCUUUGUGCAAUGAGCAUCCUUUUCUGCUGGAAUAUCAACUUUUUUGGAUGCUCAACCAUCAAUAAACAUAUUGGCUGAACUUCAGGAAAAGGAUGCACUGAAUCUUAGUAAGCGGAUACUCAUAGCCGAAAUCUUUUUGCAAGCAUCAUCACUAGCAUCACAGCCUCAUCGCAAGCAUCAUCACUAGCAUCACAACCUCAUCGCAAGCAUCACAAGCAUCAUCACUAGCAUCACAGCCUCAUCGCAAGCAUCAUCACUAGCAUCACAGCCUCAUCGCAAGCAUCACAAGCAUCAUCACUAGCAUCACAGCCUCAUUUCAAUUUCUAGAUGAUAUUCAGUUCUUUUUUCACAGCAAAACAUCUUUGCUUCAUGCUGAUAUUAGCAUAUUUCACAAGAUCACAAAAUGACUGAAAAUGUCUUUACGAAUUGCAAGCAAGGAAGCAACCAAGAACAUCCUAGCCGAAGUUGCAUGACCCAAUACUAACACCAGAAGUGAUCUCACAGAUGCAGAGCCAUACUUAGUGCCAGAACUAACAUUGUUUUCUUGAGUACUUAAUCAUGAUCUGGAGUACUAGCAUGGAGUAAAUUUUGUGCAAGAGUACAAUUACAAGCAUGAGUACACUGAAUUUUUUGUAGCAGAUGGAGCACAUAAAAAUGGAGUAGCCCACCUACCGUUGAUCUGCUAAUUUGUCAAUUUUCUGCUCCUUGCUGAUCCUUGCUCCUUGCUGAUCCUUGCUCCUACUGUUGAUCUGCUAGUUUUGACAGGUGAACAGAUGGACAGUGGCUGCUCCUUGCUGAUCAAUUCAAAAUUGCUCUGGCGAUCAAUUCAAGCUUGCUGUGACUGGCGAGAAGACGUCCUGGUCAAUCACCACAUCUGAUCAAUUUCUGUCUGUGGCGAGAAGAAGUGGUACAACUCCGGCGAUCAAUUUCUUUGGUGAUUAACAGUUUUGAUCAAUUCAAACAGCAGCACAGGCGGCGCACGGGCGGGGAGGAGCACAGGCUGCUGCUGUUGGUCAGUGAGGGAAGGAGCACGGGCAGAGGUCAAUUGGCCGGAUCCGAAGCUCCAGUGCCUGAAUCGAGGAGCUGGAAGGCUGAGGCAGGAGGAGGAGCACAGGCUGCGAUGCUGCUGCUGUUGGUCAGUGCGGGGAGGAGCACGGACGGAGGUCAAUUGGCCGGAUCCGGAGCUCCAGUGCCUGAAUCGAGGAGCUGGAAGGCUCAGGCAGGAGGAGGAGCACGGGCGGCGCUGCUGCUGGUCGGUGCAGGGAGGAGCACGGGCGGCGCGAAGGCCAGGAGUCGCGGGCGGCUGGAGGCUGUGGCGGACGGCGAGGGAGUUGCGUAUGAGUUUGGGCUCUCAAUUGAAGCGGAGGAAGGCGGCCGGCGAGGGAGCUGCGGCCGGCGCGGGCGGACGCCGGAGCUGCAGCAGUGGGGUGGAGCCUGGCGGAGGGGAGGAGCGAUGGAGGAAGACGAAGAUCCCCGGCGACAAGAAUUUCAAAUUAAGGGUAGUUUGGUACUUUUUCCUGUUUUCACCUGGUCGGAGAAGUUCCCCAACGACAACUAUUUUGGAACAGAGGGAGUAGAUUCCAACCCAUGCACUGUACGGCUGUAAUUUUGCGCACCAACCGGUGUUCGAUACAUCACGAGUGCACCAGACGCUAGCAAGCUCUCUUCUUCUGCAGACAA